AUGGAUCUCAAUGAACAAAUGGAGCAGAUUGCAGCUGAAGCGGUUAACAUAGCUCAACAAAGGGAUGACGAAAGGGAAAUUCACGCAGGGGAGAGUGAACCAAAGGAGGUUUCUCAAGAAACCCUUCAAGAGACUCCUACAACCGAAGAGGCACUAGAGGAAGAUAAAGUAAUCAAUUCAAUCAAAGUAAAGAAAAUCCCACAUUCGGACGAUCGAUUCAACACCCACAAGAAGGUCAUUAGAAGAGUCGAACCACAGGUAGAUAUUGACACGACAAGCAAUGAGCAGCCACCACCAAAUGACGAUUUCAACCCGCAACAAAGGAAACGAUUGGAAUUGGAAGAGAAAAUGACAGCUGCUAUCAAAGUCAAAUCUAAUAGAAGAAGAAAAGCCGACGAAGACGAUAUUGAAAGAAUGCAAGAUGAUAAAAUUGAACAUUUAAAAGAGCAAAUGAUUAAUGCUGCAAACUUGGAUGUGGAAAAGAAUUCACAAGGACAAAUUGCUACUGAAAAGUUGAAAUUGUUGGAAGAUGUAUUGAACAUCUUGUCAAGAGCUGAUUUAGCAGAAUCAAUCUUGGAUAACAAUUUGUUGGAAGCAGUACGGUUAUGGUUGGAGCCAUUGCCUGAUGCCAGUAUGCCGGCUUAUCAAAUUCAAAAAGAACUAAUAAAUUCCUUGGAAACAUUACCCAUCAAAACGGACCAUUUAGUAGCUUCAGGAAUAGGAAAAGUCCUAGUAUUUUACCAAAGAUCAAAAAGAACAGAGCCACUGUUAAAAAAGGUUGUUGAUAGAUUAAUUGGUGAUUGGACAAGACCAAUUUUAAAUAAAUCCGACUCUUACAAGGACAGAUCCAUACAAUUUGGUGAAUACAACAAAGCAAGGUAUUCUAAUAAAUUGUCCAGUGGUAAUAAACAAACAGCACCAAAGACCUUAUACGAGCAAAAUGCCGAGAGAAGAAAAAGAGCUGCUAUUCCAACAGCUAGAACUGCUGCGUACAAAAUUGCACCCAAGGUUGAUCCUAACUUGUUAAUGAGACAAGCAGGUAGAGGACACGAUGAAAGGUUUAGAAAGUUGAAUCAAAAAUUAACAACAAUGGGCACCAAGAGAAAAGCGACAAAGAAAGGCGGUCCGUCAAUUGAAGGUAGAGAUUUAAGCAUCUAA